GGGAUAUCCCAACAUGGUGGAUGUUGAAUUUAUAAUUGAGGAAUAAAAUAGCAGAUUUUCAUGUUUGAAAUGGCAAUUACACUAAAGGUUUUAACUUUAAACUGUUGGGGUGUAUUUACGCCACUAGCAUGUGACUACAGAAACAAACGAAUCAUGGCAAUAGGAGAUGAACUCGCAAAGGGUGAAUACGACAUUGUCAUGUUGCAAGAGAUCUGGACCCAAGCAGAUUAUGUGAUCCUCUCCAACAAAGUUGCCUCAGUAUUCCCUCACCAUCAUUACUUUCACAGUGGUAUGUUUGGCAGUGGGCUGUGUGUAUUCUCUAAGUCACCCAUCAUAGAGAUAUUCACCAUGAGGUAUUCCAUCAAUGGCUAUGCACAUAAGAUCCACCACGGCGACUGGUUUGGGAAUAAAGCAGUUGGUUUGGCUAAAAUAGAGUAUAAAGGACUCAAAAUCAAUCUUUACAUUACCCAUGCACUUGCUGAGUAUAACAUUGAGAAUGAUGAGUACAUUGCUCAGAGAAUGGUACAGGCCUAUGAACUGAGUCAGUUUGUGAAGCACACUGGGGAGACUAGUGACAUCAACAUUGUAGGUGGAGAUUUCAACAUGAGGGCUGAAGAGCUAGGCUACAGGGUGAUCACAACAAAUGGCAACUUAGAGGAUGCUUGGCUUAAACAGAAAGAAGCACCAGUUACUAACACAGGAAUGACAAGUGAAACUCCUAGGAACAGUUUCACAAACCCCAAGAAGUUGAAGAUCCAACCACAUGGAGAACGUAUUGAUUUCCUUAUGUUCAGAAGCAAUGGAGGUUUCACAAUGGAGUGUGAAAAGUGUUAUCUGCCCCUAGACAAGGUACCAGAUCAGACGUAUAGUUAUUCAGACCAUGAAGCAGUUGCAGCCAUAUUCACAAUACGCAAGAACAUUACAGCCAUGACAAAACAACUAGAUAUCCCAAGCCGCAAUAAAAACUUUGAGGAAGCUGUUCCAGUCUUACAGAAGGGCAUCAAAAAGGCCCAAUUCGACCGCAAUGUCUAUAUAGCUGCACUCAUUCUAGGACUAGUAGCUUUCUUUUUCUUGGACUGUAUCCCCAUGCCAUAUGGAUUAGGAUGGGUCCUGUCGUGUGUAGAGUAUACGCUUGUACUGGGUGUCGUGUUCUCUAUAUGGAUGAGUGUUGUCAUGUGCCCUGUUGAGGAGAACGCCUGCAUUGCAGCACAGAAGGACAUGCUGAUUAUUCUCAAUAGUGAUAAGAUAAAAUAAUUUGCCAAAACUGAUUUACUAUCAGUGAUCUCCCCAGGAUUUU